AUGGGAAACAAUUCAAGAGCUAUUGUCUCCUUAGUGUUAUUUGUAGCCUUAUGUGCUGCAGUUUUGAUCACUCCCGGAUUAGCUCAUGACCAACCACCGCGCUCGGAAUUUCCACUGGAAUCUCCUAUUGAUGCGUAUUCGAGCUCUACAAGUCAGAUUUCUCCGGUCAAUUUGGAAAUGUUGGAAUCGCAUGUUGCAAAGCUUUUACGAACAUAG